AAAAAUUCUUUGAAAAUAUUCUGUUUGGUUUAUGUACUUAGAGCGAAUACUAGCCAUGUUACAUGAAUGAAAUUUCAGCCAAUGCUUUGUCAAUUUAAUUUUUUCUCCCCAAAUUAAUUCGUCUGUGUACUAUCAAUGGAACAAUGACAGUUAGUUCAUCGCUUGGAAAAGGGGAGGGUAAUGCACAGCAGGUGGUUGAUGUGCCUGUGACGGAGGAUUCGACAGCUUCCCACCAAGAGGUUGUAUACGACGUUAUACCACCUCACGAAACCUACGAAGGAUAUCAUCGCUUUGACCCAAAUGCCAAAUGGACCGAAAAAGAAGAGCGCAGAGUAGUUCUGAAGACAGACUUGCUGCUUCUUUCAUGGCUUUGUCUUAUGUUCUUCGGCCUCCAACUUGACCGUGGGAAUAUCUCAAACGCUGUCACAGAUAAUUUGCUCAACGAUUUGCACCUGACGACCAACGAUUACAAUAAUGGCAGCACCAUUCAAUUGAUAUGCUUCCUUGCUGCGGAGUUCCCGGUACAGCUAGCAAUCAAGCGGUUCGGCUUCAGAAAGAUAUUGCCGAUUAUGAUGAUGUUCUGGAGUGUGGUCUCCUGGGCCCAAGCUUGGAUGUCUGGUCGUGCUUCCUUCUACAUCUGUAGAGCCUUAAUCGGUGCCUUUGAGGGCGGCUUUUUUCCCGGCACGGUUCUCUUUGCCACGUACUUCUACAAAUCUAGUGAGCUGUCGUUACGACUGUCAGCGUUCUGGUCAACGCUUAAUAUUGCUCGCAUAAUAUCGUCAUUUUUAGCUGCUGGCAUUCUUCAGAUGCGUGGAGUGGGUGGCAAGGCCGGCUGGUUCUGGCUUUUUCUCAUUGAAGGGCUUGUCACUUUUACAAUUGCCCUGAUAAGUUUUCUGUAUCUUCCCAGCUCUCCAGUCAACACGGAGAGCUUCCUUGUCCGCAGACCCUGGUAUUCGGAGCGUGAAGAGGUCAUUAUGAUAAAUCGUCUGUUACGUGACGACCCAUCCAAAGGCUUGACCCGUCUCCAUGAAAAGGUCACUCUACGGGACAUUAUUAACACAUGGAAAGACAAAUCCAUGUGGGGUCUCUAUUUCAUUGGGCUUGUGGCUUAUAUUCCUCAAAAUCCGGUGCAAGCAUACUUGUCUCUUACAUUGAAGCGAAUCGGGUUCUCGACUUUUGACGCAAACAUGCUGUCGAUUCCUUCCGCCGCUAUUCAAGUUAUCCUCAUGCUUCUUCUUGCCAAGAGCAGCGACUAUUUUACCGAACGGACAUUUCAUUGCUUUUUCGGAGAGCUUUGGUCCCUGCCACUCCUUGUGGCAUUACUCACCCUUCCCAAUGGCGGACAUAACUGGGGCAGAUUCGCCAUCACCACUCUCAUUUCUGGCUAUCCGUAUUUCCACCCCAUUGUGUCAGCAUGGAUAUCGGAAAACACAUUUGAUGUCAAGAAACGCGCCAUUACUGCUGCAACGUACAAUGUCAUUGUACAAGUUGGUGCAAUUGUAGGCUCUCAGAUAUACCGUGCAAAUGACCAGCCGUAUUACAAGACCGGAAACAAGGUGCUUAUAAGCAUAUGCGCUCUGUCUCUAGUAUCAUUCAUUGCCCAACGCGAGUAUCUGCGCCACCUGAACCGCAAGAAAGAGAAGAUAUGGAGUUCGUACACGAGCGAGGAAAAAGACGAAUAUCUAAAUGAUCUUUCGGCGAGAGAAUCAGAAGGUAAUCAACGUCUUGAUUUCCGGUUCAAAUAUUAGCCUUAGAUGGCAACCAACUAUAGAUGCAUCAAAAAAGUAAUAUUUUUAUGGCUGUAUAAUAACAAUCAAUCAAACACAUAAAUAUAUUCAAGGCCUCUUAGCUUUUGGUAGUACAGCUACAGUCAAGAAUUUCAAAGUUGUGCC